AUGGAACUGCCAGACGGAGGACAUGACAUUGUUCAUCCCGAAGUCAGAGCACACAUCACCAGUCUAAUUUCUGCUCUCGGUGGAAUAAGCGCCGACGAUGAUGGCCAGUAUCAGCUCGGUGACGAUGCCCUCGAGGUUUUGCGCGAUAUUAAACGAUGGAUUCGAUUUUACGACGAAAAGACGAACCGCAUGGACGUUGCGCGAUGUGUCUACGAGGGCAACCUUGUACGGGGCGACCUGAUCCCCAUCCUCGCUAAAUGGCCCGAAGAUUCAAUGGACAGCAAAUUCAAGAGUAGACUCGUGCUAGCCUGCAUUGAAAUCUUGGUUCCAUUGACUUGGCCCAUCGACAAGGACAAGGACAAGAUGACCGUCAACCACCACCGACACGUCCCGGUCCUUGAGCUCGCCCAGCUACAGUAUAAAAGUGCCAUCAUCAACUUUGACGGCGCCAGACUCUUACAUUCAGCUGUCCGAUGCGCAAUUCCUUCCAUGGCUAUUCCCAUUGGCGACCGAACUUCGAGGGACCAGGGCAUCAUCAAGCUGAUUCUUUUCUUCAUACGAAACAUAGCCAUGAUAGCACCGUCGCCUGGUGUCAAGUUUGACGGCGAUGAGACUCAAAUCUCCCGAUCCACCACGAUAGACGCCUUCUCCUACCAAGAUGUCUUUGUCCUUCUCCUUACUAUUGCCUCCAAUAUGGGUGAAGAUUUCAGAACAGAGGAUACAACAGUCAUGGAAAUUAUAUAUCAUCUUGUGAAGCAGGUCGACGUCGCCACGCUGUUCAUGGACGAAAGCCAGCUAAACAAGGCAAAGGCUGGAGAGCUGUCUGAUCUCAUGAAGAAGGAAUCUGCCAUGCUCCAGGGAUACAACAGAAAGGGGCCUACAAGACACAACCGCUUUGGAACAAUGGUCUGGGUCAAGCGCGACGACGGCAAAAUGUCUUCUCUAUCCGGACAGGAUGUUCUGGCUGACGCAGCGACAAGAAACAAAAAGAUGGACGAUAGCAAGUCGUUUCGCCCUACUCGACGUGGUAAGAAGGAGAACCAAGCCGAAAAGGAUCUAGGUCUCCCGACACCUCUCACCCCAAGUGCAGCCAAGCAGCUUCGUUCUUUUGUGGAGGAGUUUCUCGAUUCCGGCUUCAACCCUUUGUUUCUACAUGUCCGCAAAUCUAUCGAUCGAGAAGCGCCACACAUUAUGAGCUUUCACAGACGUCAGUUCUUUUACCUCAUAUCGUGGUUCCUCAAAGCCGAACAAGGCCGCCGCAAACGUAACAAGGCUGCGAAUAAAAACACAGCGGAAGAAAUCAGCAGUUUCAGCCUGAUAGCGAGCGUACUGAAUCAAGAAAUGUUCAUCACGCUCAGCAAGGGACUACACGAGUCGUACGAUGACAAGGACUGGCCUUCGCUAUCAGCAGCUAUGCGCUGCUUCACACAAAUUCUGCUCACUAUCCAAGAAAUGACGGAACAGGGAACAGAAGACGACCAGGAGAUUGCAGAAAAUGUUUUGAGUCGCCUUUUCUACGAAGAAUCCACGCACGACGUGAUAGCCAACAUUGCCAGAACCUACAAGGACCAGGGCUUCGAGUACCUUGACGCAGCCACCGAGCUAGUACAUCACUUCUUGCGUGUUCUUGAAGCCUAUUCCAAGCAGAAUGCCGACAUGCAAAUUCGAUCCAGAAAACGGGCGCGCAGAAAGAAGAAGGCGAAUGCACAGCAAAAUGGUGUCGACGAGGAAGAAAACGAUGACUCCGGACAAGACGAGGCACAUGUUGAGCGAGCAUCAAAGGACCGGAAAUUCGACUUUCAACGUUUCGCAUCACGCUUCACCCCUCAAGGCGUAGUGGAUACAUUUAUCUCGUUUACCAGAUACUAUCGUGAGCUCGAUGACGCGCAACUAAAGCGAGCGCAUCGAUAUAUCUACAGACUGGCUUUCAAACAAGAGAUGAGCGUCAUGCUCUUUCGAGUGGACACGCUCCACAUGCUGUUGAAUAUGAUCCAGGGGCCAGAUGCGCUGCACAAAUCUUCACGAAUGUUCAAAGAAUGGGAAGAGUUGAUCAAGCAAGUGUUCCGUAAAUGCUACAAGAAGAUUCAAGAUCGGCCGGAGCUCAUUGUUGAGAUGCUGUUCAGCAAACUUCCAGCAACUGCUUUCUUUCUCGAGUACGGUUACGAAAAGCAAACUUCCGCCGCUAGGGCAAAACCUCGACCAGCUGCCGAGCUUGUUUUCAAGCACACUACCGAGCACGAUCAACAGGUCGGCAUUGCCGUUGGCGCCCUGCUCGACAAGAACGAAUCAGAUCAUGUCCAGUGGCUCAAAAAGAUACUCAGCACUGCAGAAAUCGAGCGACGCUCUUGGAGUAACGCGAACGACGAGCUGCUCGCAAACGAUGAUCCCUUUGAUGACGCCGAGAUGGCCGAGGUGCCACCAGAGCCGAAACUCCCACCCGUCUUCACUGUUCGACCCGACAGCGCUGAGAGGCGAAAGGCAAUGUUCAAAAACCCCUACCUGCGCCUGUUGCUGAACCUCGCUGGUGCGCGGCUCCUCGGUCCAGUAUCGGAAGAAACCCCCGAAUCAGUUUGGAUUAUCCCAGCUGAAGUCACGGCCAAUCAGCUCAAGGAUGCGCUUCACUACAUCAACCAAGGAGAGUUCAAUCCACCCACUUUUGAAGAUGGGACGUCUGCAGAGCAGCAACUGAAGCGCAAAACAGUACCGCGCAAGAAGGCAGCUUUUGAUGACGAUGAUGCUGGUGACGACGACGACAGCCUCGAUGACUUCUUGGACAAUGGAGUCAUGUUCCCUGCAGGUGGCCCCACGGCGCGUAAAGCGAUUGACGAACCCAAAAAGCCCAAGAAAUCUCGGAAGAAGCGAAGUGCGUCAAAGGAGAUUGAUGACCAAGAGCGUGAAGAGCGUUCUCGAAAGCGACGUGACAAGGAAAGGGAAAAGGCUCGCAAAAUCAAGUCUGCCCUCUACGUCAGAGAUGGCGACGACGACUUUGAUGCUGACGAGGAUGAGGAAUUCUUUGCGCGUGAGCGUGCAAUCAAAGCUCGAGCAGAGCAAGCGGCCAAAUCUGCCGUGCGCGGCUUCGCCGACGAGGACAGCACUCCGCUCCAGCGCACCGCCGCAAAACGCAAAUCAACGGCUCUUCUGGACGAUGGCACCGAUGAUGAAGAUGAAGAGGAUAAUCUCCAGUUCGCUCAGCGCAUGCCCGGCAGCCAGUCUGCCGCAGACGCCAGCGAAACUGAUGAGAACACCGUGGACGGCAGCGACGCGGAAAGACCAAAAAGGCGGAGGCUGAGUCCAGACACGGACGAAGAUGUAGAUGAAGAUGAAGAUGCAAUUACUUCAAAGUCGGAUGCAGCACCGGUUGGAGGCACUGAUGCAGAGGGAGAUGAUGCUGUAGUACCGACUUCCACGGCCCGCAGAUCGCGAGUCCGGGGCGGCUUUGUUAUCGACAGUGACGAUGAUGAGUAA